CCAGUAUGCCCACAGUCAGAGCGCGCUCACUCUUGGUACUGCUAAGCAUAUGCUUUUCUUACCAUUCUUCAGUUUUGCAACAGAACACAACUUUUUUGUUCUGAUUUAUAUUCAUUUUUUUUACAAAUAUAUAUCUUAGCUCAGACAUUGCGGUUGAGAGCAUUAAGGAGAGAUUCUGCACCCAAGGAUGGGCAGCAGUCGUUGAGAAAAUAGUAACCACAGUUAAUAUCAAUUGGUUAACUAGAUGAAUCUGCUACAUUUAAAUAUUUAACGUGUAACUCAUUUGGAAUAGAAUUGUAGGAAAUGGAGAGAUUUCUUAUUGGAUAUGAUCCAAACCCCUCCACUGUUACUUCAAAUUGACUAAUUAAAAAAGAUAUAUGUCUCUUUUGAAUGUUGAUUCAAGAAAGGACAAUUGAAUUUAUGAGCACUAGUUUGACUUUAUCAAACUUAUUUGCUCAAGAAACUUAGCCUACUUGAAAUUAAGAACAAAAUAUAUCCAGCACUGAAGAGUCUCAAGCUGAAUUGAUAAUGGAUUAUGAUCGAUUGAACGAGUUAAAGGCUUUUGAUGAUACAAAAGCUGGUGUUAAGGGACUAGUUGAUGCUGGAAUUGUGGAAAUUCCAAGAAUUUUUAUUAGGCCAUGUGAUGAACUUGUUGAAGAGUUGAAUCAGUGUAAGUCAACUCUACAAGUUCCAGUGGUUGAUCUCAGUGGAAUUGAAGUUGAAGAUCGACGUAAACAAGUUGUUGAUGAAACAAGGGAGGCCUCAGAGAAGUGGGGAUUUUUCCAACUGAUAAAUCAUGGGGUUCCCUCAAGUGUUUUGGAAGGAAUGAUUGAUGGGACUCGUGAAUUUCAUGAGCAAGAUGUUGAACUAAAGAAAGAGUACUAUUCGCGUGAUCGAGUAACAAGAAGAGUUAGAUAUGAGACUGAUCUUCAUCUAUACAAUUCAAAGACAGCAAACUCGAGGGAUACAUUGAACAUUUCUAUGAUAGUUACUGGUCAUAUUGAACCUGAAGAAAUACCGAUAGCUUGCAGGAAAGCAUUCCUUGAGUUCAUGAAUCAUGUCAGAAAACUAGGAGAAACUCUUCUUGAAUUACUAUCAGAAGCUCUUGGGCUAAAACCGGACCACUUAAACGCCAUGGAAUGUGCCAAAGGACAAACAUUGGUAUGCCAUUACUACCCGGCAUGCCCACAGCCAAAGCUAACUAUUGGCACCGACAAGCAUACAGAUCCUGAUUUCCUUACCAUUCUGCUUCAAGAUCAAAGCGGUGGCCUUCAAGUCGUGCAUAAUAACCAGUGGGUCGAUGUUGAGCCGAUUAAACAAGGUGUGGUCGUAAAUAUUGGCGACUUUCUUCAGAUACUAUCAAAUGACAAGUUUGUAAGUGUGAACCAUAGAGUUUUAGCGAAUCAGAUAGGACCAAGGAUUUCAGUGGCGUGCUUCUUCACUGGUGUUUUAACACCUCCAAAGAUUUAUGGUCCAAUGAAAGAGCUCAUAUCAGAAGAAAAACCCGCAGUAUAUAAAGAAUUUCUAGCAAGUGAUUACAUCACUGAGUUUUUCUCCAGGCCACUUGAUAAGUCUGGUCUUGAUCUUUUCAGACUGUGAAGAGUGAUCUGGCGCCAUGUCGCGAAGCAGCAGUGAACAUCACUAUAUUCCUUCAGAAAAACUAAAAUCCUUUAUGCACAACAAUGUCCAAGUUUGUGGUUUGCUGUACAAUAAUGUUUUGUCAACGACUAUUAAAUUAUCCUUCUAAGAGCAUUUUUAUUGUGCUGCUGUUUAUUUCAAACCUUAAAAGAUCAGAAAUAAAACAUCUUUUAGAUCCUUUCA